ACUCUCUGUGCGAGCGAGAGACGAGAGGUAUCGCAAGGUUGCGAGAGUCUCCUUGUCUGUCGCAAUAAUGCACCGGACGUCACGUACGCGGAGGAUCGCAACGCGGACGACGUACCUCCGAGGUUGUGCUUCGAUUAAUUUUUUUUUCGAGUGGUUCGCGAUAUCACGAGAUGAAGGCGGGUGACGAACGGACAUAACGGAUUAACCUAGAACCAGCAGUAGAUAGAUUCGGCCGUGUGUAAACAAGCGGAACAGUCGCUGCUUUCUUGAAUUUGCAUACAACUUUAGGAUACAACAUGUCUCGUUUACUGUUGUCUCGUAAUCCCACGUCAAAGUGUAUACUCAGAAAUAAAUGCAGGCAGAUCCAUCAUUCCUGCAAAAUCCUGGUGGUCGGAGGCGGUACCGCCGGCUGUUCGAUGGCCGCAAAACUAUCAAGAAAGCUACAUGAUCCGGAGCAAAUUAUCGUGCUAGAACCCAGUGAUGUACACUAUUAUCAACCCUUAUUUACUUUGGUUGGUGGUGGUAUCAGUCCUUACGCGUCAUCGAGAAGGUAUACGAAGGAAGUUCUGCCAAAGAAAGCGAAAUGGUUGAAAGCUUCCGUCGUCGGGUUUCAACCGGACGUUAACAAAGUCUCGACACAUCAGGGAGAUACCAUACAAUACGACAUUAUGAUCAUUGCACUUGGCUUGCAAUUGUACUGGGAUAAAAUUCCAGGUCUGUUGGACAGCAUACACGAUCCCGAUGCGCAAGUCUGCUCUAUUUACGGGCCCGACACUGUACCCCAGGUUUAUCAAACGAUAAAAAACACUGGACGGGGAACCGCGAUAUUCACGCUUCCAAAUACUCCGGUCAAAUGUCCAGGCGCGCCUCAGAAAAUCGCCUAUAUCGCCGAGGAUUACUUUCGCAAACGCAAAUUACGAAAUGACAUCAACGUCGUAUACAACACAGCGUUGCCGGUUAUAUUCGGAGUUAAGAAAUACGCCGAUUCUCUCUGGGAUGUUUGCAAGCAGAGAGAUAUUACCGUCAAUCUUCAAACAAAUCUGGUGAGGAUAGAACCGAGUAAGAGACGAGCCACGUUUGAGAAACUGAAUUCACCGGGAGAGACAUUAAUACAGGAAUAUUCUCUCCUUCAUGUAACGCCUCCAAUGGGACCGCCCGCAGUUUUGAAGCAACAUCCAGCGCUGACCAACGAAGCCGGAUUUCUCUCUGUUGAUCCUAAAACGCUGCGACACACAAAAUAUUCAAACAUAUUUGGCAUAGGCGAUUGCACAAAUACACCGAAUUCCAAGACAAUGGCUGCAAUAGCCGCGCAGGGAAAGGUGUUGUACCAGAAUUUAUUGGACGAUUUGGCUGGCAAACCAAUGACGAUGGCUUACGACGGUUACGCGUCAUGUCCGUUAGUUACCGGUUACGGCAAGUGUAUUCUGGCGGAAUUCGACUAUAAUUUGCAACCAAAGGAGACCUUCCCGGUGAAUCAAGGCAAAGAAUUCUACAGUAUGUUUCUGCUAAAGAAGUAUCUAUUCCCAUUCAUAUACUGGCAUUUGAUGUUGAGAGGCUACUGGAAUGGACCAGAAUUCUUCCGCAAACUCACGAAGGUUCUAAAAAAGGAUUAGAGUGCUCGCAGAGAAACCCUGAAGAAAAUAUGUUUCCCUCCGAAGAAAAAUGUAAUGUUCCGUGCCUUUUUUCCGCAAUUAAGUGAAGAAUAACGCCAUGUAUCUUUAGUUAAAAAUUGUACGCAUGUAUGUACAUAUAUAAAUAUAAUCCCCUUAAGUAAUUCUCAUAUAAGUUAAAGAUGUAUAAUAAAAUCUAACAAUAUCUACAUAUUUAUAAUGUAUAUGUGGUUAAAUGGAAAAAUAUUUUUUAUAUGUGUGUGGAAUAUUAUAACACUGUUAGAAAAGUA